AUGAAGAGACGCCAUUUCAGGGUAACGAUGUCGCCACUCUUUUUGUUACUCGCAUCCAUGUCGUUGGUGUGUGGAAAUCUACUGAGUGCUGGGAUUCUCACGGAAACGGUUUCUCUUCGACCAAAAAAUUACCAGAUGAUUGGCUUUGCACAAUCCGCUUUGAACCAGACGCAAAUCGAAAUACGGCUUGCAUGUGUGAAUGAGAACGAGGAUAUGGACUUCCAAUCGUUCUACUUCGAUGAUUCGAACCACAUCCCGGAUAACUACGAUUACGAGAAAAUUGUUUACUACAAAUCAAAAGCUCUUAACUUCUCCUGCAAGGGUUCUCAUGGUUCCAUAAUUUUUUCCGAACCUGAUCCUCAUCCGAUGACUGUUCAGAAUGUCACAGGAUUGGUUCCGAUUCGUUAUAAGAGAAGUGCAGUUAACAACCUUGGUCCCUCUUUGUCCUCUUGGACUCCCGCGCAAACCGUCCCCGCCGAUGGUAUAUAUUUCCUGGUAAUGAAGGUAAUUGGCCUCCGUUAUCCACCAUCUUCCUCCAGCACAGAUGAGCACAACAUUACCAUCACAGUGAAGUGGAAGCAACCACAUGGAUUCCUCAGUGCUAUCGACUACCCUUUGCUCAGAUUUUAUGUACUAAUGUGCGUUUUCUAUGCCAUACUCGCUUUCGUAUGGAUGGUUCUUUGUAUAAAAUACUACAAGGAUAUCCUACGAAUUCAAUAUUGGAUCGGAGCAGUAAUAAUACUUGGAAUGAUCGAGAAAGCGUUUUUCUUAGCCGAAUACUCAACGAUGAACAAUAGUGGUAGAAGCGUAGAAGGCGUAUUAGAGCUCGCCGAAUUGGUCUCGUGUGCGAAGCGAACGAUGUCUCGUGUUCUUGUUAUCAUUGUCUCAGUUGGAUACGGUGUUGUGAAACCUCGCCUUGGAAAUACCCUCAGUCAGGUUGCUGGAGUAGGAUUGGUAUAUUUCGUGUUUUGCGCCAUUGAAGGACUUGCGCGAGUUUCUAAGAACCAUGUUGAAGCUGCAAAACAGAAGCAGUUUGCCGCACUUCCGUUGGUUAUAACAGAGAUGGUGAUUUUCUAUUGGAUCUUCACUUCACUGGGUUCAACUAUGCGAACACUGAAACUAAGAAGAAAUGAGGUGAAACUCACCGUUUAUCGCCACUUCAUGAACACUCUUGUAUUCGCAGCUAUCGCCUCUGUAAUCUUCAUGAUGUGGAGUCUGGUGUAUCAUAUCUUCCCAACGUGUCUCAAGGACUGGAAAGAACUGUGGGUAGACACCGCGUUUUGGCACGUACUGUUCUGCUUUAUACUCGUUGUAAUUGUGAUUCUAUGGCGUCCAUCGGUGAACAAUCAGCGUUACGCAUUCACCCCUCUUCUAGAUGACAGCGAAGAUGAGAACGACCAAGAUGAGAUCUUCAAUGCAUCCGCUCCUGGUUUUGAAAUGCUCAAACAGCGUGACUCUGGGAAUGGUGCUGAUGUCCGUCGUCAAAAGGAGAAGGAACGUGAGGAUCAUAAACUUCAGGAUGACUUGCGGUGGAUAGAAGACCAUAUUCCAUCGUCGCUUGCAGAACAUCUCAUCAUGGAUGAGGAUGAGGAUAAGGAAGCGCGAGAAUUGGAAAUAAUUACAGAGCUUUUCUAUGCUAUGAGUUUCCUUCAGGAUGACUUGCGGUGGAUAGAAGACCAUAUUCCAUCGUCGCUUGCAGAACAUCUCAUCAUGGAUGAGGAUGAGGAUAAGGAAGCGCGAGAAUUGGAAAUAAGUAAAAUGUUAUGA